AUACAAAUUUCUGAACGAAAUUGUUUUAUAAGAACAACUAAUAUAGAUUGUAUAGAACAGAAAAUUACAAGGAUUUAAUUGUGUUUGAUUUUUUUCCUACAUGAACUCAAGUUCAUGUUUACCGGGUCUCAAUUUAAAAUGAGCCAGAGCACUGUAAACAUGGCAAGCGCUGCUAAUCUGAACGCUGUGCGGGAAACGAUGGACGUUCUUCUAGAGAUAUCAAGGCUUCUUAAUACAGGCUUGGACAUGGAAUCUCUUUCUAUCUGUGUUCGCCUAUGUGAACAAGGAAUCAAUCCUGAGGCACUCUCUUCAGUUAUAAAAGAGCUCCGUAAAGCUUCUGAUGCACUAAAGACUUCUGAAAACAGCACAAGCUAAGAAAGACCAAGAUGCUCUUGUUUGAACAAACGUUUUCGACAAGAUGGAACCACAGAGCUGGGGAAGAUAUGUCUUCAUAAAGAAUUCUUUGUUCACAUAUAAAAGGGUUACAGUUUUGUAGAACAAAGUUCUACAUUCUUUAUCUGCAGAACGCUGCAGGCUUAAUCUGAUACUCUCAAGGUAUUUAUAUUAGAAGUACUUCAGUACAAUUAUAAUAAUGUCUGAAAUAGUCUUCUUUAACUGUUUUUUUGUUUCACUUGGACUGUUUCUUAAUCUGUUUUAACAUUGUUUGUGAAAUUUCACAUUUAUAUGUUGUGGGUCUUCCUGCAGCACAGUAUUAAGAAUUCUUUAAAUGUGUUUUAUGCCAUAACUUUGUGAUUUAAUUGAUUUUUGAAUUUAACAUAUUAAAUAUUUUCAUUUCUUAAAUCGGUGAUUGGAUUUUCUUUUUGCGAAUGGGUUGUGGAACCAUGUGUAUGUAUGCUAAGAUUUGGAGAAUUACAUGAGAAUUACAAACGUACUUAUCAGGUUUUCUUUCAGUUUUGUAUGGAGUACAAAAUAAUGAGCUUGCCCAAUAAAAUAAAAUUUGG